UUUUGCCAGUCGCCCUCACCGGGACAGGGGCAAAAAAUUUCGUUUUGCUGAUCCCAAAAACGAAAACUUCGUGGAAAUUUCAUAUCGAAACACCGACGAGAAUGGCUCAAUGGUUGUAGGAGUAAUGUACAAAAAUCUUACCGAGUUGUUUACAUCAGACAAGAACACCAGAGGAACCAACAAAACAAGGGUGCUGAACUCCAUAAUCAUGUCCGUUGAAAUGUACCCCGAGCCUGCAGAUGUACUGCUGGAGAACAUCACCUUGGUUUUUAAACACAUAAAGGCCGGUGGAAAAAGCAGAGAGUGUGUAUUCUGGGACAUGUUUGGAGAUGGUCCCGUGGAUUGGUCAGCGCAAGGAUGUUUCACCAGAAUUAUGAGCGAAUCCCAAACGGAAUGCAAGUGCAAUCAUUUAACUCACUUUGCUGUUCUAAUGGAUAUCACCGAAAGUAAAGAUGAAAAUGACAGGAUAUUAACAGUUCUUACACGUGUUGGGAUGGCUCUAUCGCUGGCUGGAGUUUCUGUAACAAUCAUCAGCUAUAUACGGCUAACAGACAGGCAAGCACCCCUGUUCCAUAGUCGGGUGGGACUAACAUCUUGCAUUGGAGCUGGACACAUUGUCUUUUUUGCUGGGAUUGUUGCCACAGAAAACAAGGCUGCCUGUGUUACAAUUGCUGCUCUCAUGCAGUACUUCCUGAUGGCAGCUUUCUGCUGGAUGCUUGUUGAAGGAGCUUACAUUUACUUAUUUGUGGUAAAGGUGUACAACGUCAACGAUAAAAUCUGCCGCUUUCAUGGUCUUUGUUGGGGACUUCCUGCGGUCAUGGUUACUGCAUCUCUGGGUAUUGUUGCAGGAAAAGAUGGAAUCGAAAAUUAUGUCAGUGAUCAGUACUGCUGGAUAUCUUCAAGAAACAAAAUCAUCUGGAUAUUUGUUUCCUUUGUUGGACUAAUUGAAUUUAUUAAUAUAGCGAUCCUCGUGCGAGUUAUCAAGGAAAUUACUACAAUCCAACAUGUGAAAGACAACCAGAGUGAGCAGAUCAGGGUUGGUGUUCGAGCAUGCGUGGUGUUGACUCCGUUGCUUGGAGUUACGUGGCUGAUUGGUUUCUUGUCGCCGUUGCACAUUGCGUUUUCUUACAUGUUUGUCAUGCUAAACUCUACACAGGGCUUCUCGAUUUUCUUCUUUCACUGCUUGAGAAAUAGUGAGAUAAGAGAACGUUUCAAAAGAAGACUUCGACAAGCACGGCCCUCUCGGCUACACAAAAUUAAACCCCAAAUGGGAGAGGCAAAGUCUGUGAAGCCAGUCGGAGUCGAGAUAGAUGCUCAAACUUCAGAGUUACAAUGAACCAUGAUAUAUGCACUUGGAGAUUUCUAAGUAGAUACUGAACUUACGUUUACCUUUGACCAAAACCAUGGAGAAAUUCACCAUCCCCACAGAUUGUCAGCGGCUCAAUUUAGUUAUCGUCUUCCAGAGGAUCCCACAGUUUUAAGAGGGUAUUAGUCGUCGCCAUAAAAAAAAAAAAAAAAUUGAUUGACAUCGAGGGAGGGUAAUUUCACAGAGUCUUAUGGAGGGGUGUGGCAACCAAAAUCGUUCCAACCCCCCUCAACACGGCGCAGUAUCAUGCUCAAAAUCGGACAGUGGUAUAGGAGAGAUUACGAGUCAUGUCUGUAAAACUGGACAAUGCACAUCAGCUGAAAUUAUAGCAUUAUAAGUUCUUUUUGCUGAAGUGUAUUUUUUCGCAAGUUUAGUCAUAGUUGUGAUAAAUUGGUUCCAUUACUUUCGGUUGUCCAAUGUUCAGCAAUCGUUUAAGCUGUUUACUAAUUAAAUGCACCCCUGCUUCGCAAUUAUUCGAUUUUGUUUAUAACUCGUGUGAUUAUAACCCAGACGGGAUUACAAUCAUCCUCGUUAUCAUUAGAAAUUUCGCAAGUGCUUAGGAGUCCAGUUCUACUCUCGAACGGAGACAUACAAAAGUUUAGUCUUAGUGCGGUAAAUCGUCAAAUCGUCCUAAACAAGAAUGCCGACUUAUCUCAUAAAUCUCAUUCGCAAUUUCUCUCUACCGUCUGCUAUACAACUCUCAAGUCGUUAGUUUGGAGACUUAGGUAUUGAAUCAACUAAUUAUCCUUUCAUUGAAAUUUUCUUCAUUUUCCUUUCUUAAUUUAUCUAAAUACUGUAUUGGUAUU